CUUAAUUUUAAUCCUAAAAAGUUUGUUUAUAGUCAGUAAGAAAGUGUAGUGGUUGCUCGCUGGGGAGGCGGUGACCGGCGACUACUAAUGGACGACGACGAGGCGGCCUUUUCCUUCGAUGGCUUCAGCGAGGAGGCGAAGCAGGAGAUCGGCUGCUGGGAACCGAUGGCGCCAAUUUUAGCAUCACGGGAGAACUUUAGAAGCUGGGAGAUGGUGUCCAACUCUUACCAUGACUGCUCCAUCUUCCCUCCUAAUCUCCAUGAAGGACUUCACGUCCGCUCUAAUCCAGAUCAAAUUUUAGCUCCUUCAUUUCCUUCGCCUCUACAACAGAUCAAAGGCGCUGCGAUUGAGCAGUGUUUACCGGAGAGGCGCAAAGAGGAGAAAGAGUCAUGUCCGGCUUCCAAUUGGAUUUCGAUCUCAGCUCAUCGUUCGAUUGUUUCUUGGUUUGAGGUUAUCCGAUCCAAGGUUUCAGGUGGAGGAGGAAGUGCAGAGGCCUUUGGAGUUGGAAUUUGUUCAUGUGCUGCUUUGGCUGGCUUGGCUGGAUUUUUUAUGUAUUUGAGGCAUCGCCAUCGACGGGAGAAGGAGUUUCUGUUAUUUCUUAUUCAAGAGAAGAAUCAGAAGAUAGGGCUUUUACUGCACCAGAUUGCCGAAUUAAAUGCAGUUCUUGCAGCUCAUCGCAAGGUUCCAGUCUUGAAGAGGACCUGAACGGUCUCAUUUUGGAUCUCUGUGACAUUUUAUUACAGAUAAAGGCACUGCAAAAUAUCAUCAAUGAAUGUGCUACCAACUGCUGAAGGCUGAUAAAUACCGACAUUUACGCAGCUCUGGUUAGUCUAUUUGUUGGGAGUUUUGGCUAUUUUUUUAGAGGUCUUGGGUUCGAGUCUUGCAUAUAUGACGUGUGUAUAAAUUUGUCUUAAUUGACCUAAAUGUACAUAAUUUGGUUUUCUACCAUUGGACUUAGGAACAUUAUAUGUAUAAUUGUGCAUCUUGUAUGCAAUAUAAUGCUUAAUCAAUAUUUGAAUUUAGAGAGGAAUGCAAUAGAAUUGAACAGAA